AUGGCGGACGGCGUUGGAUUUGAUCUGGGCCAGCUCUCCUCCCAGCAGCAGGAGGCUCUUCAGCAAUACACCGAUGUCACAGGCCAAGAAAUCAAGGAUGCGGUGCCCUUGUUGGAGAGGUCACAGUGGAAUGUCCAAAUAGCUAUCGCCAAAUUCUUUGACGGUGACGGGCCCGACCUGGUUGCUGAGGCCCAGGCUGCACAGGAUAAUCCUCCGCCAGCCGCGGCAAGAUAUGAGAACUUACACGAGAGCUUCCUGGAUGCCGACGAUGAUAGGCCGAGACGAACGAGGUCCCCAAGAACAGAAGCUGCCCCACGAGUGGUGCCGCAGCAGCCGGUUAGCAUCCGGCCCCGAGGACUACUGUCGAUUCUUUUGACGCCAUUUUCAACCACAUGGAGCUUGACGAGAGGUGUAUUGGGUGUUUUUGGCCGGAUCAUCUCGUUCUUCUUCGCAUUCCUACCUGCCUCGUUCCGGCCACGAUACCUGGGUACGACCAUCAGGGGCCUGGGCCAGGCUCAUGGACGGACUGCGGCAUUGCCACAGGAGGCAGCCAGGAGGUUUCGGCGCGAGUUUGAGGAGGCAUACGGCACUCACGGCCUCGUGUUCUUCGAGGGAGGCCAUGCCCAAGCUCUGGACACGGCAAAGAGGGAGCUCAAGUUUUUCCUGAUGGUGUUGAUAUCACCCGAGCAUGACGACACCGACUCCUUUAUUCGAAACACACUCCUCAGCCCCGAUGUUGUCAGCUACAUCUCGGAUCCCUCCAACAACAUCAUCCUUUGGGGAGGAAACGUGGCCGACCCCGAAGCCCAUCAGGUGGCCAACGAGUAUGCCUGUCUCAAAUACCCCUUUUCGUGCAUGGUAUGCCUCACCCCCAAGGAGGGCAGCACAAGGAUGGGGAUUGUCAAGCGUCUGGUCGGACCCAUGACGCCAGCCGCUUACCUUUCUGGGCUCCAGGAUGCGAUUACGAAGUACUCUCCCGAUCUUAACGGCGUGCGGGCUGAGAGGGCGGCCCAGGAACAUGCCCGAAAUCUGAGGAAUGAGCAGGACUCUGCAUACGAGAGGUCGCUAGCCCGUGACCGCGAGCGAGCCCGACAAAAGCGCGAGGCUGAGGCGGCAGCGGCAGCGGCUGAGAAGCGUGCUCUGGAAGAAGCCGAAAGGGCAGCCCGACAGGAGGAGCUACGGAGGCAGUGGAGAAAUUGGCGGGCCACGACCGUUGCGCCGGAGCCGGACACGAAGGAUGCUGUCAGGUUGGCUCUCAACAUGCCGGCUUCCGCUGGGGGCGGGCGGGUCAUCCGCAGAUUUGCCAGCGACACCACAUUGGAGGAACUGUAUGCGUUUGUGGAGUGUUAUGGCCUUCUACAAGAAGGACCUCUGAAUGAGAAGGCGGCUGAGCCAGAGGGGUACGAGCACAAGUAUGGCUUCCAAGUUGCAUCGGUGCUACCACGGGAGACCCUCCACCCCAGUAAGACAAUCACGAUUGGGCAAAAGAUGGGCCGGGGCGGAAGUCUUGUGGUGGAAGAUUUAAUAGACGAAGAUGAAGAAGAGUAG